CGUAAUUUCCCCAAUUUCUAAAAACCACAAGAAGCAGAAAACCACAGAGCACGACCUUUCCCUCUGCAACUGGUCAUCGUUCCCCCGCAGAGCACGACUUCUCCUUCUGCAAUUGGUCGUCGUUCUCACCGUCUUUAGCAACUUCUAAGAAGGAGAGCAUCGUCUCUUUCCAGAUCUGGUACCUCUCUCUCUCUCCCUCCUUCACUAGAUGCUUACAUUAUACACUUUAUUUUGUUCAUUCACCUUCAGUUUUCCCCCUUCUCCUACUCUUUCCAUUAUCUCUCCCUUUCUAGUCUUUGUGGCUCUCCCCUCUCCCCCCCUUUCGGAAGGUUGGGGUAUUAAUCCCCAUCUGUGAUGCCCUAAUCGCAGAAAAGCAGCGGAAGUUAUCACAGAACCCAACCGUAAUCUGCUGAUUGCAACCAGUGGAGGCUUAAAUCAACAAAGGACAGGGAGAGAAUCCAUGGUUGGCAUUCAUAUAAGGCUUGUUUUUUCUUGAGUUCAAUUCACAAGCCUUACUCAAGGGUCCUCUUUUUGCACCAUUUCUUCAGCAAUUGACAAAAGAUGAUUUGAACAAGGUUUACUUUGGAGAAUUCCAAAUGUUGGAUAUCAAUGGGGUGCACUGCUUUCUCAUUAGAAUUGGCUUGAAUAGUUCAUAUCACCUGUCAAUACUUUUAAGCACCUGGGAUCUUGAAUGGGUGCCAUGGCAGGCACUUGCCUGCCGUCUCUAGGUCGGGUUAAGCUUACUGAUUUGAUAGCCUCUGAAGGACUUCCUUCUGAUUCCUACAAAAUCUCUGUAUCAACUUUGUCACAGUCACUAGCUCAGUAUUCUGCUGCCGUUAUUCAGCUAUCUGGGGGCGAUGGUGCUCUCUUAAGAUCUGGGCUGGAAUCGGCUCGCCUCUACUUCCACCAGAGAACAUCAUAUUCAGCUGCAGAUAUAGUUCAUGCCAAUGACUCUCGUGAAUGGUGCAAGACCUCUGGCUAUUAUGCAGACCCUCAACUAUGGCAAGAAAUAUAUGAUUACAGACCAGGCCUGACUCCCACAGAGCUUAACAACACUAUGGAAUUCCCUCCUGCUGGUUUGCCUGAUAUAUAUGCACUACUUGGAAAAGCAGCUAGAGGUAUCUUGGAUGCUAUCAGCUUCUCCUUAAACUUGCGUAGCUCUCCGUUUACAGAAAUACUUGAUAAUGUCCCCCUGAGAAAUCGGGAAAUGUCAUCUUCAGUCCUGUCUGUUUGCUGUCACUCAAGACCAUCAUUUCAGGGAGCUCAACACCAUACUUUGACGACUCAGGAGGAUGGCCAGUUGGUUAUGUUUCCUGACCAUGAGCAUCAAGUUGAUAAGAGCUUGUUAACUAUAGUUAAGUCAGAUAGAGCAGGUUUACACAUCAGGGACUUUAAUGGACGAUGGGUACUUGUGGAUGAGGAUCUUGGACCUCAUGAAGCAGUUGUCUACCCUGGUCUUGCUUUAUACCAGGCAACUGCUGGUUAUGUCAGCCCUGCUCUGCACCGUUCAGAGAUCAAUAAUCUACAAAAUAACAUGUAUGGACGGUGUUCCCUGGCUUUCAAGCUCAUGCCUAAAUCCAUGACAAGUCUCAGCUGUUCUGAGAUGAGAGCAGCCGGCCAUGGGGUUGAAGCUCAGUUUCAGCUUCCUAUACCAGUUGAUGACUUCAUGCAGAGGUCCCACCCAACAGAUCAACUCUUUACCAGGCAAAGUUUCCCAAGUUAUAAUUUUCCAGCAAGUCAAGAUGGAUCUUUUAAGCCCUUGUUAAAAAGGAGGAAGAACAACACAAGGUGCAAACCAUUGCCACCUUCGAAGAGGUUGCGGCUUGAGGCACAGAGAGUCCUCAAGGAGCGAGUACAGGACAUUGCUGAUAAGAAGGGCAUAAAAUUGAGGUUCUGCAAUUUAAAGGAAUGUGAAGGUCACAUACAAUCUCUGGACAGCCCCUGUGGAAGUAUACGGAUGAAGAUUGGGUGGCCACCAGGGGUGCCUUUUGUUCAUCCCCAUGAUCUACCCAAUAAGGCAAAGCUCGGUUUCCUCGAAGCAUAUGAACCUGGAUGGACAGCCUCACAAGAUAUGGAGUUAAGUCUAAUUGAACCUGGACAGGCCAUGCAACCCUCAGCUAACUGAAUCAAUCUCGGUAACCUUCGAUAUCUGGUCACCCUUAAUCAGCUUUUAGGGUCACAAACUUUGCCAGAAGCUUGAUUUCUUCAUCCUGAAGCCGAGGCCCAAAUGUACAAUGGUCCCUUGGUGUCCAGUUCUUCCCAAAGCCCUGUAUAGAACCUUAAAAUUGGGUAUCUGCAACCAAGUAUUGGGUCAUUUGUACAUUGAUUGGAAAUAGGUAGUUGCUGGGAACACUUGCUGGCAUUCUUCCAUAGCCGUAAUAUGUGAUUCAAUUUAUUUCCUCUUCUGCAUCAACGCCAUUUCUGCAGCAUACCAGCUGGGUAUAAUUAUUGCAAGGGCCACUAAAGGUAGGGGUAUUUGAUGGGUAUGAGCUUAUUUUCUCUUUUAGUUGAGCAAAGUAUCCCUUUAAAGAAACAAUGGUGAUGAUAUACAUGGAAAUGAUCAUAUGAGCUAUGACAUGGCAUAUUGGAAAACCCUGUACAGUGAACUUUCUUCCCUCAAACCGGGCCAGGUUAUCUACUAAAAUCAGUGGAAAUCACUUCUUGUACGGUACAAACCACGAAAUUCAUUUUCUUUUGGGAACAGUGUUUGCACAACAGCCGGAUUUGUAAGUUCUCGUUCAAAUGGUGGCAGCAUUGUGCGGAAGGAUUCAGUGAAUGAAAAACCAAUGCCUGGCAUGGAUUGUGGCGAGGCCUGAACUAGGUCAUCUCUGCCACAACUUUAGGAUUGACAAAUGACAGAUUUCCAAGCAUUUAGAGUAGGAUUGUGGGGAAUUAGUCUUUUCAUUGUUAUUAUUAUUGUGAAGUGUUACAAUAAGUUGGCAUAUCCGAAGUUAUAGGGAUUUAGUGUUGGAUGCAUACUGAACAUGUACAACGAGGGGAUGUGCCAUUUUUAUCGUAUGAGCGAAGUGGCCACCUUUGAAAGGGAAUCCAUUGUUUUUAUAGGUAACAUAUUCAACAGAAGUGGAAAUUCAAAUAACCGAGUUCCACAAAGCA